CAAAGUAUUAAGAGCAACCUUGAUUCCAUGGAACAUCAAAUACAGCGUUUGGAAAAUGAUAUCAAGAAGUUCCCUAAAACAGAGGAUCCACAUGAUAAAUUUGUCAUGAAGAUGAUUAGCUUUGCGAAGAGCGCCAGAGACCAAUAUGAAAAAUUAUCUAACAUGCACAACAACAUGAUUAAGUUAUAUGACAGUUUGGGAGACUACUUCUGUUUUGAUUCCAAGGCUGUGUGUGUUGAGGAAUUCUUCGGAGAUCUGAGCACAUUCAGAACACUGUUCUUGGACGCACUGAAGGAAAACAACAAGAGAAAAGAGAUGGAGGAGAAGAUUAAGAGAGCCAAACUGGCCAAAGAAAAAGCAGAACGUGAGAGGCUGGAGCGGCAACAGAAGAAGAAACAACUGAUAGACAUGAAUAAAGAGGGCGACGAGACAGGAGUGAUGGAUAAUCUUCUUGAGGCACUGCAAUCUGGGGCAGCGUUCAGGGAUCGCAGGAAACGAACACCAAGAACUCAGGAUAACAGACGCGUACCAUUGGAAAGGUCACGUUCCCGCCACAAUGGAUCUAUCACAGCGGUAUGAAUCCCCCCAAUGCCAAAGAACUGAAGAGGUGUUUUAUUUACUUUAAAUGGAGACAUUAUGAAAGAGCUUAAAUGUAUGAAGAGCAACGAUGUCCAGAAAUAAAACUUAAAUGAAUUCCAGGGAGCAACGAUGAGAAGAAUAAAUAUGUAUUUUACGAAAGUUAUUACUUUUAAAAUCCACUUAUUGUACGUUACUACGGCAAUUCUCAAGAACUGCAAGCAGUGUUAAAAAAUAAGAUUCUGUAUCCUCUUAUUUAGUAUUACGGGCUGCUGUUAAAGCUGGCAACUAAGGCCACAAUCUACUGUGCUCAUGUGCUGUUCCUGUUCAUUUCAGUUGGGUUUGCACAGGGGAACUUGGAUUGUUGCUCAGAGUGUGGGAAAAUGUUGUGUAUAAAUUUAAGGUGAAAGGGGUGUAUAUGUGCUGCAAAAGAAAGCAGCAUCAAAAGAUCAGGUCAACUAAGAGUCCAUUUAUAGCUCUUAUUUAGACAUGAAAGGAAAAAAAGGGGACAUUUGCAUAUUAAUGAAUUCAGAUAUGAGCUGAUUUAGCGCACAUCAUGAGAGACCUUUUUGUAAGCUUGAGAAAGCACUGCAUAGUCCCCAUCAAUUUCCUUAGAAUCUUAUCUCAAGUUUUAAGCAUGAUGGAUUCAGCUAUUUUGGUUGCAGUUAAACUUUAUCACAAAUCUACAGCCUCAGUGGUAGACAGAUAUAUAGCUUAUCACUGCUAAAGAAAAAAAAAGAUUUUUAAAAAGAGAAU